GAUUUUUUUUUUUUUAUAAAUGGGGCAAACUCUAUCUCAAUCAUAACUUAAUUUAUUCUUUAUCGUUAUCUAAUUCUAAGAAAGAUUAAAUUGAAGAAGAGCUAUAAAAUAUAAAUACUACAGUAUGAAAAAAUUCAACUACGAGGCUCCGGUGCGCCCGAUGCCGUUCCUGCGGCCGUCAUAGGAACUCUACGUCGAUCGUGCCACGCGGGGCCACCUUCCGCGAGUCUACGACGUCUACUCUGUGCGGGAGGGGAGAAAUACUCUUGCGAGGCACUUAUUCUUCGCAAUGGUUAUAGUGUUAUACGUGCGCGGGAGAUCGGCCGGCUCGCGAUGACACGCCCGCGCCGUCACGCAAUGCACGCAGCAAGCGCGCAGAGGUAGAGCCGCGGUGCAGCUGCACGCACGCACGCACGCACCGCGCUCCGUCCCUUCGCGUGCGAACUGGUGCGAACGCACGCGAGAUCGAGGAGUGAAGACACUGAGGACACGACACGCGAGUUGUCCAGUCCCCGACGACGGAGAAGGAACGGAUGACCGGGCGGAGGGACAGACGCAGGGACGGUGGCGAACCGAUGCGCCACGCGCUGCGGAUCACGCAUUCGUGCGUCGCGUAGGAUAGCGCGCGGACGAACGGACGAACGAGAGAGGUGAGAGCAGCGACGCGACGAUUUCGCCAGUGUGGUGUCGAGAAAGUGUGCUCAGCAUGCGGGACACCGACUAGUCGCAAGGUACGAUUUGACGCUUCGACGCGCGUGUCAUUUUUACUGCACGCCCUUGGCAGAGCGACGUACGACGACGCAGCUUCGUCCGUGAACGAGAAUAAAGGAGCGACGCUCGCGAACAUAGGGGAGGAACCCUACAGCGGGAUCGACGACGUCGCUACCGAGGCGCGCCUGCGAGCGCGCGCUAUUAAUACGGUCCUGUGUGUUUUUCAUCGAUACCGCCCGUUGUCGCACGCUACUCCGUCGUCGCUCGCAUAACAGGUCGAUCGCGCGCACGAUCGAGAAUUCGCACGCCCGGCCCUUGCGACGAGUUGCGUCGAGGAGCGAAGUCCAGAGGCUGCUGGCUCUCAAUUUUUUCCGGUGUGGAUGCCGUGACGGUGCCGUGUCGUCUCUGGACGAAAACUGUGAAACGGUGCGAUCAGCGGUGUGCCACACUACUCGCCUUUGCUCCGCGUCCCACUGCCACCGCAGUACGUCGACGUGCGUGUGUGUAUGUGUGUGGCGUUUUGUGAAAUUGCACCCAGCCACCCAGAUGCCGUCUAAGGAUCACCGCCGAGACUUUCGCCAGCCACGUGAUCGGUUCAACGUGAACUUGCUGAAACGUAGUAGAUAGAUGACAGCCUUUUUAGAACAAAGGCAUGGCAAGCUUGAUGGUGAACACCUCUAGUAAAAACAGUUCUCGCAGUGGAUCUCCUAGUAGGACACCUUUGACGUCUCAUCCGCAACAACCAACAGCAAACUUGGAUCAUACUCCAAGAUUGCGUAAUGCCCCAAUUUCUCAAGGAGAGGGUAGCACAGGCAGUGGAAGUAGUGGUGGUGGUGGUGGUACCGGAAGUAGCCUCAACAUGAAAGGCAGCAAUAGACAAAGAUCACCAGGAAAUUUAAUUCGCACGGGGGAUACCAUGGAUGAACCAAGUAAUACCUCAAACACUGCCGAACCAGACGAGUUUGUGCCAAAUGUUCAUCCACCGACUGAUGACGAAGGAGAACAAUACCACACAACCCAAUCGUUCCUAUCGAAUGGUUCUUCUGAGUUGAUAAGCGACGAUGUCGACUCUAGUGCAACACGAGUUCGUCAAGCUAUUGAACACAUUCAAAGCAAAAUUGCUAAAACGCGAGAGCAGAUAAGAAUAGAACAAACCACGCGGGAUGAAAACGUCAAUGAAUAUUUGAAAUUGGCUGCUAAUGCGGACAAGCAGCAGUUAACUCGGAUUAAAACUGUAUUCGAAAAGAAAAAUCAAAAAUCGGCGCACAGUAUUUCACAGCUACAGAAAAAGUUAGACAGCUAUAUGAAAAAAUUAAGAAAUUAUGAAAUGAAUGGUGCACCGACGAGUCAUAGACAACCGAGAGAAAUGUUACGCGAUAUGGGACAAGGACUUAAAAAUGUGGGAGGAAACAUCAGGGAUGGAAUCACUGGAUUUUCAGGAACUGUAAUGUCUAAACCAAGAGAGUUUGCUCAUCUUAUUAAAAACAAAUUUGGAAGUGCUGAUAAUAUAAAUACUUUAUCACAUGGCUCGACUUUUUAUGUAAACGAUACACCGCAUGCAGGUAAUGGUGAUAACGCUAGCGUUGAAGAAGAUAAAACUCAUCAUGGAUCGGCUACGCUUCCGGGUGGAUGCAGUUUGGGAUCUACACAAAGCGCAGCGGCUAUUAAGUUCCCGUCUGAAGAAGGCUCGGAGUGUUCUAGCGUAACUAGUGAAAGCGGUCCUGGUAGUAGAGGACAGCCGCAUACGUGUCACAGUAAUAAUGCAGCCUUGAGUCUCAAAUCUAUUUUUGCAGAACUACAGGAACACCGGGAGAAUCUUGAUCGAAUGAGAGAAAAAUUAGACAGUGUAAAGACGUUACAGCAGGAAGUGACAUAUCUUUCCCAUUCCCUCCAAGAAGAACGUUUCAGAUGCGAACGUUUGGAAGAGCAGAUUAAUGACUUAACAGAAUUACAUCAAAAUGAGGUGGAAAACUUGAAGCAGACUAUCACAGAUAUGGAGGAGAAGGUGCAAUAUCAAAGCGAAGAUAGACUACGAGAUAUACAUGAAAUGUUAGAAAGUUGUCAAACUAAAAUCUGUAAAAUGGAACAUCAGCAACAGCAGCACCAGCAAUAUGUAACGUUGGAGGGUUUGGAUAAUAGCAACGCGAGAGCGUUGGUUGUAAAAUUGAUAAAUGUAGUAUUGACAGUAUUGCAAGUUGUUUUGCUCCUUGUUGCAACGGGUGCUGGUAUUAUGAUGCCUUUUCUCAGAACUAGCUGUACUAAGCCUCAUUGUUUCAUGUGCAGGGUGCGUAUAUUAACAACUACAUUCGUUGUACUGGGCAUAGUAUUUGUGCUCAAGCAGUGGCCUGAGGUACAUGACGUUGGCAGCCACCUCAUGCGCCAUCUCAAGCAGACUCUUGCUAUGAAGUAGCAUUGGUGGAAUACUUAAAUUUAAUCCCUGUGAUGAAGCUGGGCUAGAUUGGACACAUUGAUUGAAACCUUGCAUCCGUUUAUCAGUGUUGUAGCACGUUGGAGCAAUAAUAGUAUGUAUACGCGUAAAUAAGUUUAUUCUUGUAUCUUGGGUUGUUUAAAUUUAUUAUUAUAAGAUAUAUAUGUAUUUUUGAUACCAUUAUUUAAAUUGACGAAGUUAUUUUACGUAGGAAAAUACGUGAAUUUCAAAUUGAUUUGUAAAACUUAAUUUCAUAAUUUAUUUGUCUUUGUUUUCGUUUCGAUUUUAUUUUUCACAAUUAUGUUAGCAAUCUAUUAGUGUUGAAUACAAGUGACAUUAGAGAAAUUUCUAUAUUAAGAUACGAAAAAUUAUUGAAAUACUACACAAUACACUGCUUGACUACAUGUGGCACAUUACUAAGGUUGAAUUUCAAUUAGCAGUAUAUAUCUACGUUCAUUUCUUCACUCGAAUGUAAGAAUAAUAUAAAAAAUACAACUUUCUCUAAACCUACUUUUGUGCUGAAUUUAUUGCAAUUCAAUAUACUUGUAAAGUAGUAAAAAAUUAUAAACACGUAUUUUUUUUCAUCGGCAAACAUAUUCGGCCUCGAAAAUCGACUAAAUUUUUCAUUUUUGACUAUAAAAAAUUAAUUUUUAUACCAGUGGAUAACUUUUGAAAUUCUGUACAUUUUGUACAUUUAUGAAACUAUGCUAUAGUUUCGUUCGGAAAUUAUAAUUGAAAGACGAAAAUUUUAUCGAUUUUUGAGGCUAUUCUACCCCUUUGAUUACUGGUAAAAAAAACAUAUGUUCAUUAUUUUUUGACUACUCUACAAGUGCCUGAGUUCCAAUAUAUUCGGCGAGUAACACAAAGGUAAGUUUAUUUGUUGAGAAAAUGUUAAGUGAUGCACACACCAGGAUAUUGUCUUCAAUGAUCGGUCCAGUUACAAUUAUAUAUUUGUCAAUGUACAAUCGAUUUGUUUUUAAUUGUUCUCGGAUGUACGUGUCGAUAAGUCAAGAAUUUGUAACAUUCAAAAUCGUCCAAAUGUUAAACAAUAAUAUAAAUUAAGGCAGAGCUCUUAUAUCACUAUAGAUAGCUGCUGCCUGGCAUUGUAUAAAGUAGUACGUAUUGUAUAUUUACUUGUUAUUUGUAAUGUCUGAUAAAGGUAUGUAAGUUCUCUAGGAAAUGCAAGCUUUUUUUAAUUGUUGUUGCAUUGCAUUAAAUAGCUAGUAUAUAAAUUGAAUUGCGUAUGCGAUGAAAGAGAAACGAAAAAAUUCACUGAGGGGCUGUAAGAGAAACAUUACUUUCUCGUUGAAAAAUCGCGAUUACCAAAUUUGGGCAUAAAUAAAAAUUUCAUACACACACACACACUACACAACACACAUGUAUGCAAUGCAUAUGCUGCUACAGCCGAUAUCAAAGGAGGACCAACCGUCUAUUUCCUCUUAUUCUACGAUACAAUUUAUGCAUCGCACACAUUAUACAUAUACAUAUAUAUAGCGUUAAAAUUAUGCGUAUAUAUGAGAAUGAAGACGAGAGUGAUUUUCAUUAGUCCAGUGAGUAAUCUAAUCAUCAAAAACAUAAAUUUGCAUGUAUAUUAUAACGAGCAUAAAGAAUUGAUCCAUGACAGUUAGUAGAAAUGAGAGAAAGACUGAAAGGACUGUGUUGCUGUAUAACAAUUAUGUUUAACAUUGGCGCUGUAAUUUUAAGUUUUCAAUAUUGAAAAUUAUAACAUUAAUAUGUCAUGAGAGAUAAAUUUAUGAAAACACUGGAAGUAUUUAAUAUGCGGCAAAAAUAAGACAAAAAAUAACAGCAGCAGAGACAAGACUUAGCAUCUGAUUUGUGUUUCUUCUUUGUAUCGUUACUAUUUAAUAACAGAUCACAAAUAUGACUUACACAUUCACUGUCUUGCAAUACAAUUUUCUAGCUUUCACAGUCAGUAUGGUCCGUGUCUGUUACUACUCAAAGCAAUCACAGCAUGAUAUACAUUAAAAUUAAAUAACGAAUAUUUAUACAGGGAUAGAUUUUAUUUUAUUUAAAUUAUUAUAUCAUGCUGUUUUCGUGCACAGAAAUUUUAAUGUUUAUCCUUAUUUCGCAUUAUGUGCUUAUAGCAAAGUAAUUGUAACAAUAGCUUAUAAUUAACAGUUCGGUAUUCGUGUCAGUUUAGCGACAUGUAUCGAAUAUAACAGCGCAAAGUUUUAUUCGAAAUUUUAUUCAAAAAUUGCUUUUGUCUGGAAAAAAAAAGAUAAUUUAAUGUAUUCCAUUGUAUAAAAAAUUUUAUGCUAGAAGUGUAUGUUACCGUAAAAUUUUAUACUGAUUUAAAAGCUUGAAAUGUGAGAAUAAGAGUGUCUGGUUACCAAGUAGCAAUUCACCGUGGAAAGACGUAAUGAGGUAAUGUUGCGAAGAGAUAUUCAAUUCAUUCUUGAUCUCAAAGCAAAUGAAAAUUGAACUGUGUAUUCACAUCGCACCAAAAAUAUACCUUUUUUCGAUGUCAAUCGACCACCCAAUAAAUUUAUAUUUCACAUUAUCCGCAUGGUAUUACUUUCAGUAACUUUAACAAUCGACUUCUCUUCACAAAAACAUUUGGAUACUUUCGAUAUAAUUUUUCAUGUUCCUGUGGUAAAUAUUACAUUUCGGAUAAAUCGCUGUGAUUAUGCUAAGUUUAUAUAUAUAAGCUUAAUAUUUAAGAAGCAGCUUUGGGAUCAAUAUAAUCACAACUGGGAAAAAUACCACAAAAAAACGUACAUAUAAACGUAUAUGUUGUAUAUAGUUUUCUUAAAAACCAUGCACUAUUUAUUAUAACGUGUAACAUUUGAGACAAAUGAAAACGUAUUGGUUUAUCCGAAUAUCUCCGUUAAUAUUUUUUUGUUAUAUAAAAUACAUGUAACUAAUCUAAGUCUAUUUAGUAUUACAUAAUCAUAAGUAGUCAAAAUAUAUAGGGUGUUAAGCGUACAUUAAUGUAUAUAGCAUUAUGUUACAUUUGUAAAAAUCUUACCAAGAUGACAACAUUUAACUGUAUUGAUUUUUUAGUUAUGUAUAAUUUUUUUUUAAAUACCUAAAUAUAAAAAUUCCCUUCCAUUAUAUCAUUAGAUAAUAUAUAAAACACCCUGUAUAUUUAUAAUUUUAGAUCAUGGUGCUUUGUAAUAUACGUAUUUAUCACUACUAGGAAAUUAGAGAAUUUAUUCACACACGAUUCGACCACCGAUUUACUGAGGGCCCCUGCACGCUUAUAAAAUAUAUCGAGCGAUAUACAUAUAAAAAGAAAACUGGCUAUUGAAGUAGUAAAUAGCGCUCUCCAACUCGAAAUUCUAAGAGAGUUAUUAAACAACGAUAAAUGUAUUUUGUACCUUAUUGAAACGUCGUAUAAGUUUCCGUUUUUCUACUUAAAAAAAGCCGUUUACAAUUUUAUAUGUAUUUUAUAUUUACGAACCACGACGCGUGUCACAUAAAUAUGUAUCGUAUAAUUUGCGAUAAUCAAUUGAAUCUUGUUAAAUAGUUUGUUGUCAUCCAUAGAGCUUAGGGGCCCCGCGUGUAGAUAAACGAUAGGCAACAGAACAAUUAAUUAAAUAAAUUAUGUCAUCGAUGCCUUGCGUAGGUAGUUAAUGUCAAAUUAUAGAAUAAAUAUUCGUUGUCAAUUGUAGAACGGUAAUAGGCAAAACCAGCAGCAGUUAUUAUAAAGGUUGUUAUCACGUACACUCAUUGUGCAUAUAUAACAGCUGCGUUCAACUGGUAUUCAAGAUAAUAAAAAGAAUAUUUGAAAAAAA